AUGAGCAAUAAGGAAGUCGAGCUAUACGGCGGUGCCAUCAUUACGGUUGUCCCACCUGGGUUCUUGGACGCUUCUACUUUGAGAGAGGUUCCCGAUACGCAAGAGGUGUACGUCAACUCUCGUCGCGAAACAGAGGACUUUGGAGAUGGACUAGCCACUAACGAGAGCAUCAUCGUGGAUCUCUUGGAGACCGUCGACAAAGCCGAUCUUAAGGAAGCCUGGAAGUUUCAUGUGGAGGAUCUGACCGAGCUGAAUGGGACCACCGCAUGGGAAACUUUGCAAGAAGACACCGUUCAGCAGGGGACCAAACUCACCGGGCUCGUUGUGGAGGUGGCAAAUAAGUGGGGGAAACUAGACCUGGCACAGACAGUUGUUGUCGGCGUGGCGUUGAUCAGGCUGCCCCAGUUUGACACGGAUGUGGUCAUCUCCAUCAACGUACCGUUGACCAGGGAGGAAUCCUCGCAAGCAAGUAAGAAUGAGGUGCCUCCAAGGUGUCAUGCUGCUUACCGAUUGCUGCAAGAAAUGGUGGAGAAGUUCCACAUUGUGGACCCUUCGCUCUUUGCAUAA